UCUCUGCUCUCGUGUGGUUUACCUGCGACGGGGAUAUCGUGUGCGCCGAACGGACCUGCUGCUUUAUCUUUCUUCUCUGCAGUGCUCCCCCCUUAUAUAUACUUACUUAUUAUCUCGUCGAACGUUGUUUUUUUUUUUUUCCUCCUCCUCCUCCCCUUCGUUCGCUCAACAAAGUCGAGGGAUCAACUGCACCGCCGACCGCUACUCGCUUUAAACAUUGGGUGCACAUCCAUCACUCGGCGACUCUUCCUCUAUACAUCGCGGGAUAUACGCACAUAAUUUUGAUACAAAUAAAAAAAAAAAAAAAAAAAAACCUAUACACCAGAUAGUCCGAAGAUGAAGCUGUGGUGGAGUUUGGCGAUAAUUGGCGUGGCCCUGCCGAUGAUGAUCGGGGCGACGGGCCCGGCAGCGGAGUCCGAGCUCUGGGAGGAGGACGACAAGGAGGUGCUCGUGAGAACCGUACGCGGCAUCAAAGAGCGCGGUGCAUCCGGCAGCGGUAGCGGAGGCAGGGGCGGCUCUCCAUCCUGCCGAUACACCAAGGGUCAGUGGUCCGAGUGCGACCACAAGAACAACAUGCGAACGCGCACUCUGUCCCUCAAAAAAGGCGAUCCAAAGUCUUGCGAGCCCACCAAGGUCAUCACCAAAAAGUGCAAGAAAGGUAAAGCCUGCCGAUACGAGAAGGGCGCGUGGACCAGCUGCAUCAACCAGAACAUGACGCGGAUCGACAACUUGAAGGCAAGUAGCGACCCGUCGUGCGAAAAAACGCACAAAAUCACCAAGGAGUGCAAAGCCGAUGCCAACUCCAAGAAAGCCACGAAAGAUCGAUCGAACAAGAAGGCUAGCAAGCAACAGUAAAGAUCGAGUAGCUCUCGUCCAUGGGCGCCCGGCGAAAAUCAGAGGCGCCGACGUCGCACGAAGCUAUACGCAAGCCGAUGAGAGUUGAGGGAUGUUAUAAAAAAAUAAGAGAGAGAGAGAGAGAGCCUCACCGCCUGGAGGGAUGUUAAUGAUAAUCAUCUUCAUCGUCAUCAUAAUCAUCAUCGUGUAAUGUCAUGUGUGUACAUCGAGACCAAAAGACGACGCAAUGUUCAAUCAAAAUUGACCGAUUACAAUUAAUAUUUAUCGUGAAUCGAGUGCGAGUCACGGCCACCUGUGGACCGACCAGUCAUUCACGAACAAAAAUGUUAACGAUACAACGUAGAGAGAUUAAAGAAAUCGGUUUCUCCCUCGUCUAUGAAUUUAUCGAGAAGGAUAAUGUUGUCGUAAGUGUAAUUUGUCGAUGAAAAUACAAGUUUCAGCGGAGAGUAAAACGUGCGCGUGUGAUGUCAAAGGUGUAGGGGCAGACGCUGCUAUUUUUUUUUUUUUUUUUUUUUUUUU